AUGGCUCAUCCAUACAUGUCAACUGAAGCCAAUGAAGGGUUGACAGGAAAUUUUUCCAUGUCACCUUCUUAUAUCGAUCUUUUGAUUGAUUUACGACGAACUGUUAUGUGGUAUUAUUCACCGACAAUGUGGCGCGACUAUGUAUUUCCUACGUCGUUAAUCAAUGGGUUUACUAGACAAUGUUAUUUUCAACAAAACGAUAUCUAUUAUACUCUCUUGAUUGCUGUGUUUAUUACAUUGAUUCGAUAUGCCUUUGAAAGUUGCAUUUCCACGUUACUCAUUAGUCGACUUAAUUUGAUAGAGAUGAACAAGAAAAAAAUUCCAGAAUCUGCGUGGAAAUGUUUUCUAUAUACAUUUACAUGGUCAUACUGCUUUUACUUGGUUCGAUAUCGCUAUGACUAUUUCGAUCAACCCUAUCUUAUUUGGGAUGAUUGGUCACCCGAAAUGCUGAUUCCGUUCGAUAUUAAACUUUUAUAUUUUGUUGAAUGUGGCUUCUAUGUCCAUUCUAUCUAUGCCACAAUUUUCAUGGAUUUGAAAAGAAAAGACUAUCUUAUCAUGCUUCUCCAUCAUGUACUCACAAUCGCAUUGAUAUCUCUGUCUUAUUGUACACGCUAUCAUAAAAUCGGCUUGUUGGUAUUUUUCAUGCAUGACAUAACCGAUAUUUUCCUGGAGGCCACUAAACUUAUGCGUUAUAUUAUCGUGCGACAGGGUGGUCAAAAAUAUCAUAUGUGGUAUCAUGCCUCUCAUGGUAGCUUCGGCAUAUUUGUUGUUUGUUGGUUUAUUUUUCGCUUAUACUGGUUUCCACUGAAGGUGUUAUAUUCGAGCGGAGUCGUCUUUGUUUAUCGCGCCUUGCCCAAUGGCUGUGGUUUGCAUGGGUUGUUCAAUAGUCUCCUAUGGAUUUUGCUCACUCUCAAUCUCUAUUGGCUUUAUUUUAUUCUGAAAAUAUUCUACAAACUGGUCACUGGUUCCUCAAGUGAUGGUGGUGACAUACGAGAGAGUGAAGACGAAAUAUCGUAA